GAUAACAUGCGAUAUUUUGAUACUUCUCAAUUUGCGACCAACAACCAAAACAGACGUGCUACGGAUAAAUGAAAUAAAAGCGGCAAUUUACAUAAACAAAACAACAAAAUGAAGAACAAAUAUGAAUUCGACGAUGAUGUUGCAUCAAUCUGUGAAUCGACGGCUGCAUUAACCGAGGGCUGCCGCCUGUCUGUGCGCAUGCACAAGACCGACGACUGGCCGCUGGCCGAGAUAGUCAGCAUCAAGGAGCAGGACGGCAGGCGCCAGUUCUAUGUGCACUAUGUCGAUUUUAAUAAGCGCCUGGACGAGUGGGUCAACGAGGAUGAUUUGGACACGCGCAAGGUGCAGUUUCCGCGCCGCGACGGCCCACAGACCGGCACCAGCACGGGCGUCACAACGCCCAAGCGUCAUCAUUCACUUGCGGGCAGUGUCUCGCGCCCAACAUCGCCGCAACCCCAACACGCUGCCCUCGGCGGUGGCGGCGGCGGCGGCGUUGUUAGUGGCAUUGGCACUGGCAUCCCACUAACUGGUUCUGGCGGCUCAAUGGGCGGCGGCGUUGGCGGCGGCGGCGAACUCGUCAAUGGCAACAAUGUGCUGGCGGCAGCUUUACAGAAGCGCAUCAAUCGCCGGCGCAAAGUGCACGGUAACUCCGGCCACAGCCACAGUGCACAUCAUUUGCAGACACUGCAGCAACAACAUCAACAGCAUCAGCAGCAGCAACAACAACAACAACAGCAACCACAACAACAACAGCCGCAGCAGCUGCAACAGCCAUUACACACAUCCCAGACGCCGUUGCAUGUGACCGGCGAUGGCGGUCUGUUGCCAACGACACCCGGCGGCGGCAGCGGAGGAAUAACUUCUGCAGGCAACGAGGAUGGCUCGCAGGAUGGAAAAAUGGCGACACCCAGGCAAUCGGGCAGCAUGGUUACACAUCAGGAUGAUGUGGUGACGCGCAUGAAAAAUGUUGAAAUGAUCGAAUUGGGUCGUCAUCGCAUUAAGCCCUGGUACUUCUCACCAUAUCCGCAGGAGCUGUGCCAAGAGAAUUGCAUUUACAUAUGCGAAUUCUGUCUAAAGUAUUGCAAGAGUCGCAAGUGCCUGGAGCGUCACUUGUCCAAAUGUAAUCUACGCCAUCCGCCCGGCAAUGAGAUCUAUCGCAAGAACACAAUAUCCUUCUUUGAGAUCGAUGGACGCAAGAACAAGGUGUACGCACAAAAUCUCUGCCUGCUGGCCAAACUGUUUUUGGACCACAAGACUCUCUACUAUGACACGGAUCCAUUUUUGUUCUACAUCAUGACCGAGUUUGAUUCACGCGGCUUUCACAUUGUUGGCUACUUUUCCAAGGAGAAGGAGAGCACCGAGGAUUAUAAUGUCGCUUGCAUUUUGACUAUGCCGCCAUAUCAGCGCAAGGGCUAUGGCAAGCUCUUAAUUGAGUUUAGCUACGAGCUGUCCAAGUUUGAGGGUAAAACCGGUUCGCCAGAGAAGCCACUCUCGGAUUUGGGCUUGCUCUCCUAUCGCUCCUACUGGGCGCAGACCAUACUCGAGAUUUUGAUAAGUCAAAACACCAGCACAGACGGCGAGAAGCCCACCAUAACCAUCAACGACAUCUGCGAGUGCACUUCCAUUAAGAAGGAGGAUGUGAUCUCCACAUUGCAGAAUCUUAAUCUGAUCAAUUACUACAAGGGCCAGUACAUUGUCUGCAUCGGCCGGGAGACCAUUGAGCAGCAUCAGCGCGCCAUGAUGAAGCGCAAGAUACGCAUCGAUUCCAAGUGCCUGCACUGGACACCCAAGGACUGGUCGAAGCGCUCCAAGUGAAUGCGCUCAACUGCUGCUAAAUUAAUAAAUUAACAAAACACUUAACCCCGCCGAAAGUACAAUAAAUGUUUGUCGCUGCUUGAAACGCUUGCAUCGUCAACAUUCCGACUUCUUUAUACAUAUUUAUCUCAUUAUUAUUAUUAUUGUAAUUAUUAAGACCAGACUCUCGAUUAGCACGAGUAGCUAACGACGUUCGUUGUGUUUUUGUUCCUUAUAGUUAUUAAUUAUACUUAAUAA